AUGGUAGAAAUAAAGAAGGAAAAGAAGUCAAAACAAUCUCAUCAAUUACAUGAGAAGCACAAGAAGCAACCACUCUUGGAGAAGACUUCUCAAUCAUCUGUGCCAAAGUAUGAAGACAUUGUAAAGCACAAGAUCAGACCUUCCUAUCCAUCACCAAUUAUUGAGAAGGGAAAGGAUAAGAACUUUGAGGAAUUGGUAAAACAUUCACUUGAUGAAAUUCUCAAACUCAAACACAAAGAAAAGGCUCACAGUUCAUUCUUGGGAACACCUGAGAGAAUACUCAAUUGUGAAGAGGAUAUUGUUGAACAGAGAUCCAAGGUAGAAAUUCCUCAAUCCUGUAAAACUCCACAGGAAGUUAUCUCAAAAGUUUCUUCCUACUUUAAUGGUGUGUUAGAUAAUGCAAGUCCAAUCAUGUUGGAGAAUGUUCAUCCUCCUUCAAAUAUUCCAGCAAUUAUUUCAACUCUAUUUGCUUCGCUGUACAAUGUUGGUAUGGUACAAGAUGAAUUUUCAUGGAAUGUUGUGCUAACAGAGAUUGAAACUAUUGGAAUGAUGGCUAAAUUGAUUGGUUGGGAUGCCAAGAAAGCUAAUGGUGUAUUUACCUUUGGUGGAACAGGAAAUGAGUUGUACGGAAUCAAAGUUGCCCUAACAAGAGCCUUGGGAAUGGACUACCGUUACAAGGGUAUUAGAGAAAAUGUAAAGAUUUUCGUUUCAGAAAUUGGCCACUAUUGUAAAUUCAAUGUUACAGAUUGGCUAGGCAUUGGUAUGGACAAUGUUGUUCCAAUUAGUAUUACAGAAGAUAACUCUAUGAAUUAUGAUGAUCUCUAUGAUAAAUUAUCCAAAUCUGUCAAGAAUGGUGAAAAGAUUGCUGCCAUUGUCUCAACUUGUGGUUCCACAGACCCAUUCUCUGUUGAUGAUGUUUCAGAAAUUGUAAAGAUUAGAGAUAGAAUUGUUGAGGAGAAUAAUCUAGAUUACAAACCAUUUGUCUAUGCUGAUUCAGUCAUUGGUUGGCCAUGGCUCUUCUUUAAGACCUAUAACUUUGAAGAGAAUCCACUUCAAAUCGAAGCUGACUAUGUCUUGCCAGCAAUCAAGUCAGUUCUCUCCAAAAUGGAAAAGUUAGAAUUGGCAGAUGCUGUAGGAUUAGAUUUCCACAAGACUGGUUUCUGCCACUACAUUUGUAGCUGUGUAAUGUUCAAGGAUGGAAAAGAGUUCGAAGAAAACCUAUCCAGACCGAAAGACUUUGCUCAAUAUCUGUACAACUUUUCAGUUUACAAACCAGGAACAUACACUCUCGAAUGUUCAAGAGCUGCAUCUUGUCUCGCUGCAUUUAGUACCAUUCACUUGUUUGGUGUUGAAGGUUAUCAAUCACUCAUAGCUCACUUGAUAAGUGUUCAACAUGCUCUUCGAACAAACCUCACAGAACAGAUGAAGAAUGUGGCCAUUGUUAAUGAUUUGGACAAUGGUUUUGUUUCCUUGUUCAGAGUCUAUCCACAAGGAGUUGAUGCCAAGAAGGAAUUUGAAAAGGAGUUGAAUGGUCAACUCUCCGAUGAUGAAAUUAACAAGUACAAUGAAUAUCAAAAGCACAUUGCCAAUGUUCUCCAUCUGAAGAGAGUACAAGAAGAUGGUCCAGCUCUAUCCUAUACACGUUGCUUUAGAAAGAACAAGAAUGGCUGUCCAAUUUCUGCUCUCAAGGUCUUCCCUAUGAGUCCAUUCUGCUCAAAGGACAUGAUGAUUAAUCAUGUUGUUCCCUUCAUCAAGGAUACUGUUGAGCAAGUAGGCUCACAAGAAGAUAUGGAAGAACACAAGAAGAAGGUUGAGAGUGAAGAUCAUCCAAAGUGGGCCUAUCCAAGACAUAGACACUUUGAGAAUGUUACCCUCCACAAUACAUGGUGA